AACAACCUUGUUUUGACCUUGUUGCUCAAAACAAGGUUUGGGCUUAAACGCGAUCCAGACGAGGCUUGGACAGAAAUACUCAUAGUUUUUAUUACUUGCAGCUUGAACAGAUUUCUCUUGAACGACAGGCUACGAAAAAAUGACGGAGAAACGGAAAAAAACGCGACACUAGUGUCCGAUACUGUCCAGAGAUCCCAUUUCCGACUGAAAGAAAUCUACCAUUAAUGGUGUGCUUUGUGAGGAGUGUCACAGUUGCUUGACAGUAUCAGGGCCGAUUGUGCGCCUUGAAACACUUCACCAUUUAUUUUAGUUCACUCACGGUGGCUGAGCGGCGUCAACGAUCUUCCCACAAGAAUCCUCCAAGCCGUUGGCAAUGCAGUCGGGAUAACAUCGAUCAAACCUUAUAAGAACGUUUGCGACUUUGUCCGCUGCUCCCUUUCGCAAAUUCCCCACCUUGAACGAUUCUCAACAAGAUUCUCAGCAACUCAAUGCAAUGCCGUCGAAUCGCUGGUUGUCCCUUGGCAAGGAUGCAGCUUCAGUCGUUGCAGCCUUCGCACCAGUUCCGGGGCUGAGCAUGGGCGUUGAUGCAUUAUGUUCAUUAAUCACUUUGUGCGAAGAAGUUUCUGUAUAUCGGAACGAAACUCGUGAACUCUGUAAUCGAUGUCAUAACCUGCUACUCGCAGUCGUGAAAUACCAGCCACCUCCUCCGAAUACGUUACAAGCCGCAUUUGAUGAUGUUACCAAGUGCAUAACGAAUAUCAAAAAUCGAGUGGAAAAGUGGGCUCAUCUCUCGUGGUUAUGCUCCUUGUUUAAGCUGGAGCGUAUUAAAGACGACUUGAAGAAAAGUCGGGUGGAAAUAGAAGACUGUUUUCGUCAAUUUCAAUUGGCAUCCACCGCAGACACGAGUCGAUGGCAAGCCGAGUUUGCUGAUAAACAGGACCAGAUGAUGACGAUUCUGCAGGAGAGACUACAAAAAUCCUCGAAAAAACAACUCGUCGAAUUAUCGCAAAACCUUCAUGAACUACAAGUCAAGGAGAAAACUCUGCUACCGAAUCCACAACUCGUUUUGGGUCGCGAAAUCACGGAUAUCGAAGAACAAGCGGUGUCUGGUACAGCAUCGAUAGAGAUUUAUCGCGGGCGAUACCUACAGAAGGAGACGGUAGCUAUCAAGGUCUUGCGUUUGGUCAGUGUUGAUGAAGAUACCAAACGUCGCUUUCGGAGAGAAGCAGAAAUCUGGAACUCUAUAUAUAAGAUUGACAAUGGAGAGUACAUUCUCCCAUUCUAUGGCUUUGGUCAGGGAGAGGAUUUACGCCCGUUCAUUAUCAGUCCGUGGCAAGAGAAUGGAAACGCGUUGUCGUAUGUCCAGAAGAACGACGCAACGGUCAACUACAAGCAAAUGAUCAUAAACAUCGCGAAAGGACUGAAGGUUUUGCAUGUGUCGAUGACUCCUCCGGUUGUCCAUGGCGAUAUCAGAGCCGAAAACAUCUUUAUCGACUCGAAGGGCAAUCCCCUUAUCGGCGAUUUCGGAUUAUCCAAGAUGGUGCAAGAUAUGACUAACACGCCUUUCACGCAGAGUGAUGGCGUAGCUGCUCUUUACAGGUGGUUUGCGCCUGAGAUGUGUCUCGGGGAAGGGCUGAUGUCUCCUGCUUCCGAUAUCUAUUCUUUUGGGAUGACUGUACUUGAGCUCCUCACUCACCAGCACCCAUACUCCAAAAUCAAGCGCGGAUAUGAGGUCGUUGAACAUGUUAGAAGCGGACGGCCACCUCCCAAACCCAAGGAGACCCGGGUUGUCGAAAGAGGGUUGGAUGAUAAGAUGUGGGAGUUAUUAGUGGAGUGUUGGAACCGUACGCCCUCUGCGAGGCCUGAAAUCGAGGAGAUUCUGAAGAGGUUGGAGUCGUUGUGA